AUGGCUCCGUCAACACCAGACAUCCCGUGCAUUCUGCCACGGCUUCCCCAAGAAUUAACUAAUGCCAUUUCUCGGUAUCUUAAGGGCAGCGACAUCAAGGCCCUGCGUGAAACAUGCUCAGAAAUGGCAAGGGCCGUACCACUCCAUUUCGACCGUGUAUUCAUAUCCGCAAAUUCCCUCAAUAUCCAAGUCUUCAAAGCGAUCGCAAACCACGACACCUAUCGCCACCAAGUUUAUGAGAUCAUCUGGGAUGACGCUCGUUUAUCUACUGGGCCGGAGCUCUGGGAAUCCAGGAUAGACUCGGGCUGGAACAGUUCGGAGCUAGAUAAGGCUGUAACUGAGAAUGGGUGUCCGAGCUGGUUUCAGAAAUAUUCCAGUAAAUCAGAUCUUGAAUCGUACUACGCCUACAACAAGCCCGUUGCUGAUAAUCAUACGGGACUCUCAGAGUGCUGGGGCUAUUAUAAGUCGUUGUUGGAAGACCAAAAGGAGGUUCUGGCAAGCAAUGCCGACAUUGAAGCCUUCAAGUAUGGUCUGCAGCGUUUCACGAGCUUAACAAGGAUCACCAUCACACCGGCGACUCACGGGAGGCUUGGACAACCACUAUACGGAACUCCUAUGAUCAGGGCAUUUCCUCCCGGAUUCGACUACACAUUCCCAAAGCAAUGGCCUACCGUUCCAAUGGAUAAUCGCCCAGAAUGGCAUGAUCGUGGAGAAUGGUUUGACGAGCUUCCAUGGCAAUCUGAGGAGGGCGAUACCCCGUAUCAGUGGUUUUACGGUUUCCACUAUACCAAUGAGAAAUACAAGGAGAAGUGGCGAGGCUACCAGCUCGUCAGCCGAGCCUUGGUCGAGUGUGAGAAUCAGGUCAAAGAGCUCAAGAUUGGAGGCCAUGAGAUGAGCUCUGGGUUGAAUUGUCGCAUCUUUGAUCAAUCCUGCACGGAAUACGACCACUUCUACACUCUAAUGAGCCGCCCUGGGUUCCGAUACCUCGAACUCGAUCUAUUCACAAGUUUGAUCGAGCAUGAAGAUUGGAUAACGUAUGAGAGACGACUGCUCAGAGAUGCUUUAGCCCGCGCUAAAGGAAUGGAAUAUUUAUCUAUACGCGCAUCUACACAGAUUAAAGACGCAGAAUGUCAACAAAUCCUUACAGAAGACCUCGAAAGGCCUCUAUUUCCCCUGCGGGCAGUAUUUCCAAUCGAUCACUGGCCGCGACUUAAACACUUCGGCAUCUCAAACUUCCUGGUAGAGCUUGACGACUUGGUCGACGUCCUGUCCUGUUUGCCAUCCACAUUGCGCUGCGUCGAGCUAAUCAACUUGGCAUUUCGAAAUAUAGACCACGAUUAUGACGACCUCGUUCGCGAGAUACGUGAUAAGCUUGACUGGCGCUCACGCCCCUUGGAAGAGAGACCGAAGGUGCAUAUGAUCUGUUGUGAGGAAGGUGAUUGCGAAGUGGAUGAGUUUAUUAAGGUAAAUGAUGCGGUGUAUUCUUAG